AAAACCCCAAAUAAUGGAGGAGAAGUGUGGAGAGGCAUUGGAUAGUGCAGUAGCAGCAGCAGCAGAUGAAGUUGAAAGAGAGAGAAAUAAGUUUACACAAAUACAAAGAAUCCCAAUCUUCUCCUUCUCCUUCUCCUUCUCCUUUUCUCCAGUUUUUCUAUUAAUCUUCUUCACUCACUUCACUCUCUGUCUCUUACACUCUCUCUUCAUCUAAAUCAAUCAUUUUUUCUAUUUUGAAUCCCUUUUUUUUUAACUACACAUCUUAUGCAUCACGAUCUUGCCCUUCAACAAAUGUCCGAAGACGACGAUCGAUCUCCACCCUUGGAUCUCCGGUGCGCCUCAAUCAACAAAACCCGUAAUUGUUCUGGAGGUAUUUCCGCCUCUGGAUCCUCCACAUCAUCUUCAUCUUCAUCAUCAUCAUCCAUACCCGUACCCGUACCCAUACCCAUCACUGAGUACCAGUCACCUUACCCGGACCAAGUUCUCGAGAACGUCCUCGAAAACGUGCUUCACUUCCUGACAUCUCGGCGCGACCGAAACGCUGCGUCAUUGGUGUGUAAGUCAUGGUGGCGUGCGGAGGCGAUGACCCGAUCCGAGCUGUUUAUCGGGAACUGCUACGCGGUGUCUCCGCACCGGGCUACUCGGCGGUUUAGGCGGGUUCGGGCCCUGGUGUUGAAAGGGAAGCCGAGGUUUGCGGACUUUAAUCUGAUGCCGCCUGACUGGGGGGCCCACUUCACGCCGUGGCUUUCGGUGAUGGCUACGGCUUACCCUUUGCUGGAAAAGGUUUGCCUGAAGCGCAUGUCCGUGACGGAUGAGGAUCUGCAGCUGCUUGCCGAGUCGUUUUCGGGGUUUAAGGAGUUGAUGCUUGUUUGUUGUGAAGGGUUUGGUACCAAUGGCCUCGCUUUUAUUGCCAGCAAGUGCAGACAACUGAGAGUGCUUGAUCUGAUUGAAACGGAGGUCACAGAAGAUGAAGUAGACUGGAUAUCUUGUUUUCCAGAGGGCGAAACGUGUCUUGAAUCGCUGAUUUUUGAUUGUGUUGAAUGUGCAAUAAAUUCUGAGGCGUUAGAGAAGCUUGUGGCCAGGUCCCCUUCCCUAAAGAAACUUAGGUUGAACCGUAAUGUUUCAAUUGGGCAGUUGUACCGUCUGAUGAUUAAAGCUCCACAGCUUACACAUCUUGGGACAGGCUCAUUCAGCUCAUUGGAGGGUGAUCCAGAACUGGACUAUGUGUCUGCUUUUGCUGCUUGCAAAUCCUUAGUUUGUCUCUCAGGGUUCAGGGAAAUCAUACCAGAUUACUUGCCUGCAAUUUAUCCAGUUUGUGCAAAUCUAACCUCCCUGAAUUUCAGCUAUGCCAAUAUCACUGCUGAACAGCUCAAACCAAUCAUAAGCAACUGCUACAAACUUCAAAUUUUUUGGGUCCUUGAUUCGAUAUGUGAUGAAGGACUUCAGGCUGUGGCUGCAACAUGCAAGGAACUUCGCGAGCUUCGAGUUUUCCCUAUUAAUGCUCAGGAGGACGUUGAGGGGCCUGUUUCCGAAAUCGGUCUCCAAGCAAUUUCUGAGGGUUGUCGGAAACUACAGUCUAUUCUAUAUUUUUGUCAGCGGAUGACAAAUGCAGCUGUCAUAGCAAUGUCUAAGAACUGUCCAGAUCUUGAGGUAUUUCGGCUAUGCAUAAUGGGGCGCCACAGGCGUGACCAUGUGACUGGAGAACCAAUGGAUGAAGGAUUUGGAGCCAUUGUCAUGAACUGCAAGAAGCUCACUCGGCUUGCUGUUUCUGGUUUAUUAACUGAUAGAGCUUUCAGUUACAUUGGAAAAUAUGGUAAAUUGGUACGAACUCUGUCUGUUGCCUUUGCUGGAGACAGUGAUACGGGUCUGAAAUAUGUGCUUGAAGGUUGCCCCAGAUUACAGAAGCUUGAGAUUAGAGAUAGCCCAUUUGGGGAUGCUGCUCUACAAUCGGGAUUGCACCACUAUUACAACAUGAGAUUCCUUUGGAUGUCUUCUUGUAGAUUAACUCACCGAGGUUGCCAUGAGAUUGCUCGAGCAAUGCCCCGCAUGGUUGUGGAAGUGAUUAGGUUUGAAGGUGAGGAGGUGAUAGAUGAAUAUGUUGAGACAUUAUACAUGUAUCGUUCACUUGAAGGGCCUAGGCAUGAUGCACCAGAAUUUGUUACUAUCUUAAGGGCUGAUGGAUGAUGCACCAAAAUUGGGUACGAUAUUGUAGGCAUUUGCGGUGGAGGGCAAAAGUUGUUUCAGCUGUUCUUGCUGUGCUAUUAAUCAAGUAACAAGUUAUUUUUUGUGGGAAAAAUUGAUGCAGCGGGUGCCUUUUAUAUAGCCCGCAAACAAGGUCCUGCAUACUUGUCAAACAAAGUCAAGUAGAGAGCUUCUGUUCUCAGUGUGGACCGUUGCAAUGGCAAUCAAGGCAGAAGCAACACAAAGGACCGCAUUUCUUCUUUGCUCGGGUUCUUUCAAUGAACUUAGAGGAUUGGAGGCUAAUGCUCAAGGUGGAUGUUUUUGUUAAGGUAUUGGACCAUUUCAUAUUCUUGUAUCGGUACGCUUCUAAAUUUUAUGUUACUUUUUGUUUUCAUAUUCAUUUUAUCAUAAAGAAGGCUACCAGAGAAGGGAGGGGGUUGUAGAUCAACAUCAAGAAGUGAUUGUAUAUCUUUGUUUUCACCGGAACAAAUUGCUUAUCCUUUGAUGAAGAAGUAAUAGAGAUGGAUGUUGAAGUAUUGGUGAUGUGGAAAGGUGAAUUUGAUAAAAUUAUUCUUCGACGCCAGCAGUAGAGAAUCAGAAGCAAAAGCAAGCAUUCACUCUGAAUGAUUUUAGUCUGUUAUAUUGAUUCAAAUUGUAGUUAGAGAUAAGGUGUAGCUGGUGAAAACUAAAUGCCCAAGACUGAUACAUCUCUCUCACUUUUUCUGUUUUUCGACGUUUGUUUUUUUUUUUUUUUUCUUUUUUCCAGAUGUGUUGUUGUAGCACCUGACUUUUCAAUUUAUUAUUGUUGUUGUUAGCAAUGUGAGAUGGGUAAUAAAUGUCAAAUAUGCAUAUUCAUGGACCAUAUAGUAUAGUAGAAUUGUGUCUU